AUGUGUUGCGCGCCGGCAGGUUUAAGUGAAGAGCGGGAGCGCCGCAGCCCCUCCGAGGAACCUGACGACAUCGUCGAGGAAACCGAAAACGCGGGUGCCCAGGCCGAUGCAGGGCAACAGGCCCUGGUCUGCCUGAAGAAGGCUGCUCAGCCUCUCGCAGUGGUGGAGGAGGAGAUCCCCUCCGACACCCUGCAGGAUGCUGAUGGGGUGGUGGGGAAGGGCGAAAAAGAGGCCACUGGCAGGAGGCGUCAGACUCUCAUCAUCACAAUCCACUUGGUGAAGAGAGAGAAGGUCCACAAGCCAGUGGAUGAUACAACAGUCGCACAAAAAGACUGCACGCAAUUGGAGAGCCAUGGCAAGAGGGUUCAAACUCUCGUAAUUACUCUGCACAUGGUCAAGAGAGAGAAAAUAAAGGAGGUAUACGAUGAGCUCCCCUCCGGGCACCAAGGCACGGCUGGGGACGCUCCUUCCAGCAGGAGCAAGGCCGUUACCGGCCCACCGGAAAAGAUGCCCCUUAUCAGCAGCUUCAAACAGCGGGAUGGAUCUCAAACUCCGGUCAAGAAAACUAUCAGGUUCAACUUCCAAAACCUGAACACUUUCGUCAAAAUUCGUGAGCUGUACUGUGCCUACGACUACUGCAAGUAUGGCUUCCCUCUCUCCAGCAUUCGUCCUGAGCUGGAAAGGCGAAAGGAGAGAACAGUGAAGCCACAGAAAGGGUCAGCAAAGGACGCGGUAAAGAAACACAACACACGACACCAGCAAACAGUUGGAGCAGCUCGCUGUGCACAAAUGAAUACCACUACUGAAGGGAAGUCUCCUAAAGGUAUCCUGAAGAAAGAAAAGAUGCCACGGUCCACCUGUCCAGGACAUGUGUGCUUCAACCUUGGUAACCUCCGCGCCCCCGUUAAGGAACGUGAAGUGUACCGUGGCCACGACACCUUCAGAUACGCCGCGCCGUUCCAAGUCACUCAGCCUCCCAACUUUACCUCGAUGCCUCACCAGCAGCCCGUUAGAUCCGCCUCUAACUCGCUGCGUGGCGCACCUCGGCACCUCGAGAGGCCGACACAGCGGAGGAACGACUCCUUCCAGCAAAACAGUGGCUGGUAUGCUGCACACAACUACACCAACAGCCGCCACUCACA